AUGCAGAAAGUCAGUGCAGAUGAUGUGAUCAGCAGCUUGCCCGACGACAUCCUGCUCAACAUCCUCGACCGUCUCAAUGUCCGCGAUGCUACGAGAACCAGCAUCCUCUCAAGACGGUGGAGUCAGCUUUCUGCCAUGCUCCCACGGCUUUCAAUAACUGCUCAAGACGUCCUGCCCUCGAAAUCCAAAACCGGCACGACUAAUAAAAAGACAACAACUAAAGCCAGCAUAUCCAAAGAUGUAUUGGUCCGGAGGACCAAUGCAGCCGUGGUCAAAGCGGCAAGGAGCAUAUUGGCACGCAGGGAUCUGGGCGGGCGCUCCAUCCGCCUCUUCAGCGCGACGUUCUACUUGAGAGACGAUGCCCCCAUGUCCGUUGGGUGUGCCGUUGGCAAUGCCAUGGCGACAUGCAAGAUUGACAAGACCGAAUUCACAAUUCUGACGGAGAAGGAACACAUAAAGUGCACCGCUAAUGAUUUGGUGAACUACGCGGCACGGUUCGUGUCAUUCUUCCAAGAGUGUCCUCAUGCAUUUGUUGGUCUGACGCGCCUCUACCUAGAGAAUCUGAGAUUUGCUGAAUCUGACUUUGUCUCGAACAUCAUCAUCACUUGCAAGCAAUUAGAAUGUUUAAAAUUUGUCAAUUGCAGCACAAAGAGUUGGAUAACGCUCCAUGUCGAACACGCACAACUCAGUGAGCUCAGUAUUGUCAAUUGUCGAUUCGACAUGGUGAAGCUCACCUGGCUUCCCAAACUCAACCGAUUGGCGUUUGAGUAUUGGAUGAUGUCUUUCCAAGAGCCACCACUGUCAAUUGGCUACGCGCCAUUGCUUAAGGCUCUAAGCCUUUCAAAUGUUUAUCGUACUUGGCACAAAACGGUCGAGAUAAGUAAGUUUCUUUAUGAGACCUCUAUUCAAGACCUGAGGGACCUGAGGUUGGGGUUUAAAUACGAAAAGAUUUGGGUUCAACCAGAGCGUCUAACCAAAAGGUUGACAUCUGUGUUCCAGCAACUAAGGAUUGCCAAUCUAGUUGACAUCCCGGAAGGGUACGAUCUCACCUGGACAAUGUUCAUUUUGGAGGCGGCGCCGUCCCUGGAGGAGCUAUAUAUGAAGGUAAUGCAUCAUCCAUGUGAAAUGCAAAUGAAUCCGGAGAUUAGGAGGGAGCACUUGUAUAGCAACAAUAAGGGUGUUGAGUGGAAAUCACCUACAUCAAACUUCAAGCAUCGCCGUCUCACCAAGUUCAUCCUCUUCGGCUUCCAAGUUAAUGACUACAUGGUGAAUCAUGUUAGGCGUAUCCUGAAAGCAACGGUGAAUUUACAGGAUAUAUAUCUGUAUGACAGACUGAUUUGUCCUAAGUGCCCAGCGAAGCAACGUUAUGCGCAUGUGUAUAAUACACGGGUAUGUGACACGGGCAUGAUAAGGUUCCCACUGACAAAUGAGGAACGGCGUUUGGUGCAGCAGCGAAUGUUCCGGCGCAUUGAGUCACUUGCUGUAAUCCACUUCCUGAGGGCUGAUGAAAUAAGGGAUGAACACUGGCCAAGGAUAGCUGGAGACUCCCUACGUGCUCGAGAAGAUAGCUAA